UUACAUGCGACUAUCUGUUUUGUGGAUCUGAAUCGAAGUAUCAAAUGUUUGAUUUCUGUUUUGUUAAAGUAACUUUGUGGUACUAGGCUGGUUGAAUUGCGUGAUAUACGGAAGUUUUAUUUUUACAACUAUCUAGUGAUAAAAGAUGUCUUUGGCUGAUGAGUUGCUUGCUGACCUGGAAGAGGCAGCGGAAGAGGAAGAGGACAACUAUGUAGAUGAAGAGGACUUGGAAACAAUUGAAGAGGUGCAGGAGGAGAUGCAAGUGGACCUAAAUGCAGAAUCGGUGAAAAGUAUAGCAAAACUAUGGGACAGUAAAAUUUUUUCAGAAAUUCUGGAGAAAAUUGAAGAGUAUGUCAAAAAACAACCGAAGGCUUCUGAAGUGAUGGGACCUGUAGAAGCUGCCCCAGAGUACAAAGUAAUUGUUGAUGCCAACAAUUUGACUGUGGAGAUUGAAAACGAGUUAAAUAUCAUCCACAAGUUUAUCCGUGACAAAUAUUCAAAGAGAUUUCCGGAGCUAGAGUCACUAGUUCCAAAUGCUUUGGAUUAUAUAAGGACUGUAAAGGAGCUUGGGAAUAGCCUUGAUAAAUGCAAAAACAAUGAGAAUCUUCAGCAAAUCCUCACUAAUGCAACUAUAAUGGUUGUGAGUGUGACGGCUUCUACCACCCAAGGGCAGCAACUGACUGAUGAUGAAUUGGAACGUAUUGAGGAAGCUUGUGACAUGGCACUGGAGCUGAAUCAGGCCAAACACCGGAUCUAUGAGUAUGUAGAAUCCCGGAUGUCAUUCAUUGCUCCUAACCUCUCAAUAAUUGUAGGGGCUUCCACCGCUGCCAAAAUCAUGGGUAUUGCAGGAGGAUUAACAAAUCUUUCAAAGAUGCCAGCAUGUAAUGUUAUGCUACUGGGAGCUCAAAGGAAGACUCUGUCUGGAUUUUCCAGCACAUCUGUUUUGCCACACACAGGUUACAUCUAUCACAGUGAGAUUGUACAGUUACUGCCAUCAGAUUUGCAUCGUAAGGCAGCACGACUGGUUGCUGCAAAAUGUACACUGGCUGCACGUGUUGAUAGUUUUCAUGAAAGUGCUGUAGGAAAGGUUGGUUAUGAUCUCAAAGAGGAGAUUGAAAGAAAGUUCGACAAGUGGCAGGAACCCCCUCCUGUCAAACAAGUGAAACCACUUCCCGCUCCCCUAGAUGGGCAAAGAAAAAAACGUGGAGGACGAAGGUAUCGAAAAAUGAAAGAACGCUUGGGAUUAACAGAGAUCCGCAAACAAGCUAACAGAAUGAGCUUUGGAGAAAUUGAGGAAGAUGCAUAUCAGGAGGACUUGGGCUUCAGUUUGGGCCACCUUGGAAAGUCUGGAAGUGGUAGGAUACGACAAGCACAAGUUAAUGAAGCUACAAAGGCUAGGAUCUCCAAAACCUUACAGCGCACACUUCAAAAACAAAGUGUUUAUGGAGGAAAAUCUACAAUCCGAGACCGUUCUUCUGGUACAGCAUCCAGCGUUGCCUUUACUCCUCUUCAGGGUCUGGAAAUUGUUAAUCCGCAGGCUGCAGAAAAGAAGGUGGCUGAAGCAAACCAGAAAUAUUUUUCAAGCAUGGCAGAGUUUCUCAAGGUCAAGCAUGAGAAAAAUGGGACUAUGACACAGUGAGGCGAAGCUUCAUCUCUCUGUUUAAAUUGCUCGAAGCACGGAUCCGCUGCCAUCCAACACCAUGGUACAUAGCGGUGUCUGCACUGUUUCAAGACCAAUCCUUUAGCAACAUAAAUAAAGAGGACAGCUUAUUGAGGUUUAUUAUAAUAUCCUUGGAUUGAAGAUAAUGUGAUCCGCUCCAACUAUUUAUCUUAAUUUUUUUUUUUUUUUUUAUACAUGUUGGCUCAGGUUACUUUGACUUUAUUUUUAAAGUAGGUCAGUUAAUAUGAUUUUAAGUUACGUCAGUAGUAAUUACACUUGAUAAAAGGUUUUUUGUUGUUUUUGUAUGGAAGAAAACACAUGCCAAGAGUUUUUGUGCUACCUUAACAUGAUUGAUCUUAUAGGAACAAACUCUUUGUCUCAUUGUAAAAUCAAAUCUCAUUUGGGAAAAACAAAUGUGCUCCUCUGCACAAGAAAUGUUUUUAAACUGUACAAUGCAUAUCCGAAUAAAUUCUUACAAAACUGUA